AAUGGCGACGCCGCUAGGAUCCCCUCAGAAGGGCGAGGCGGCGGCGGCGGCCUUGAAAAAGCGCGAGGAGGCGGCUGUGCUGGCCAUGGCGGCGCAGCUACGAAGGGGUCUGUUGAGUCGUGGCCUGUGAAACUCCCCGCCACUGGCUUGGUGGCAACGUGUGACGAACCGGCUUCCCUUCUUCUUGGGCUUGUGCUCCACUCGUGCGCGGCUCCAACUGCACGUGUGCAUGAGGUCCGUGACGCGUAUCUUGGUCCGAGGGUCGCUUGGGUGCUCCGAGAUUGAUCCGCCGCGGAGGGCGGGCCUUCUUGUUGCCCCCCCACGGCCAGGUCUGGGGUCUAGGGGGAAAGCUUCGUUGGGGUUUAAAGGCCGGAGCGAGGGGUGGUUCCGGCGCUUGUGCAGAGUGCCGCCCCUGGCCGCCUCCCCUGCUGGGCCAAGAAGCAGCCCUUGGCCUGACUGUCGUUUUUGUGCCUGCGGAACGCGCUGCCCCUUGAAGAGCCACCGGCGCUGGUCACGUAUUGUUGCUGGGUGUAGAGAAAUUUCCAUUUGACAGACUUUCGCAGAAGGUCGAGUUUCCCUCUAGGACUGGCUCUCUGUGCCCGCUAGUGGCAUUUUCGUUGUAAACCCCUGGGGCCUUCUGUAAUAUCUGGCUGCUUAUAAAUAUUCCAAGGGGGUGAAUGUGGUGCUCUGCUGCAAAGUCUUUCUCAAAACAGAGACAUAAAAAUUAGAGGACCCAGCAUAGUCAUGCUCAUAAAUUUAAGUGGGUCUACUCUGAGUAAAACUUGGUUUCCACUGUUCUCUCCUCCACCCCUCCUUCUUUGGAGAUCCUUCGUAGCCAAGUAAGAUUGUCUUCCAUGAACACGGUUUUAACAGUGAGACCGUAAGUGACUGUGGAGGCCAAUUUUGGACCCACACAUCUUUCCACGGGCGGGGGGGGGGGGUGCAAUAGGUUUCUGGGCAGGAGUUGAUCACAGUGAGGGUUUGCCUUCCUCUGAGCUUGUUUCUCCCUUUCAUCCAGAGUUCAAGUCCAUGACGCCUUUGAUAAAGGCUGUUCUCCAACUGAAGUGCUCACAGGCCAGUGUUUCUCAAUCACCUGUGCUUAUACUGCAUUUUUAAAGAUUUGCCUUGAGAGAAUCUUUAAUGCUCUUUUGUUGACUACCAGCAUUACGCUUUCCAUUUCUAAGUUCGGAAUAGAGUAGUUGCUUUGGAAGGCAAUAAUCAGGCAUCUGAACAUGACUAAUCCAAAGAAGUUGAUUUUGAAGAAUCAUUGCUUCAACACUGGUGAUCUUUGCUUCUUCCAGUACACUGGCAUUAGUUCAUCUGUUUUCCCAAGUGAAGUGUAAAUUUUUCAGACACCAUUUAUGAAAUCUUUCAAGGAGUUGGAGAUGGCAUUUUUAAGUGGUCCAUGUUUCACAAGUGUACAGUAAAGUUGGUAGUACAAUAGCUUUGUAAACAAGCAUUUUGGUUUCCCUGCAAAUGUCCCAGUUCUCGUACACUCUGCACUUCAGUUGGGAGAAAGCUGCACUCACAGAGCUCAGGCAAUGCUGGAUUUUGGCAUCAGUGUCAGCCCUUGUGGAAAGAUAACUGCCCAGGUAGGAAAAGUGAUCAACACUUUCCAAUGAUACAGCAUUGAGUUGGAUUUGUGGUGCUGCAGAGGGGUUAUUUUGUACUUGUUGGAGCAGCACUUUGGUUUUCUGGAUGUUGAGCCAUAGACCAAGCUUUUCGUAAGCUUCUGUGAAGAUAUUUAGGAUGGCUUGGAGGUCAUCCUCUGAGUGUGCACACACUACAUUGUCAUCAUACUGAAGCUCUAAGGUGGAAGUUACGGUAACUUUACUCUUUGCUUUCAGCCUACUCAGAUUAAAGAGCUUUCCAUCUGUUUGAUAUAUGAUUUCUACUCUGGUGGGGAGUUUCCCUUUGACUAAGUGUAGGAUCAUGGCAAUGAAAAUAAUGAAUAGAGUUGGGGCGAUAACACAACCCUGUUUAACAUCUGAUCCCACUAUGAAUGGUUCACUUUGAGAACCAUUGUUAUCUGAGAUUGUUGCUGUCAUAGUGUCAUGCAGAAAGGUUGUUUUCUGCUGCUCCAGAGAAGCGGACACGGAGCAAUGGAUCCAAACUACAAGAAAGAAGAUUCCACCUAAACAUUAGGAAGAACUUCCUGACAGUAAGAGCUGUUCGACAGUGGAAUUUGCUGCCAAGGAGUGUGGUGGAGUCUCCUUCUUUGGAGGUCUUUAAGCAGAGGCUUGACAACCAUAUGUCAGGAGUGCUCUGAUGGUGUUUCCUGCUUGGCAGGGGGUUGGACUCGAUGGCCCUUGUGGUCUCUUCCAACUCUAUGAUUCUAGGAGCAGAACGAUGUUCACAAAUUUAUCUGGGCAUCCAAUUUUCAGAAGGACAGUCCACAGGACAUUACGAUUUACAGUGUCAAAGUCCUUAGUAAGGUCAAUAAAUGCCAUAUACAGGGGUUGGUUUUGCUCUCUGCAUUUUUCUUGAAGCUGUCAAGCAGUGAAAAUCAUGUCCACUGUCCCCCUAGAAGGUCUAAAAACAUUUUGGGAUUUAGGAAGUGUAGCCUUAGAUAUUGUUAAGAGACGGUUUGCUAAGAUCCUUGCAAUAAUUUUGCUGGCUGCAGCCAAUAAAAAGAUACCUCGAUCGUUUCUGCAAUCUGUUCUGUUGUCUUUUUUAAAAGAGAUUGAUAAUUUUGGCAUCCCUAAAGUUUGCUGGGAUCUCCUUUCUCUCCCAGAUUUUUCCGAUGAACUUGUGAAGUUGUGUAAGUUCGAUUCCACCCACUUUGAAGACUUCAGCAGGUAUCCCAUUAGGUCUUCUGGCUUUGUUGUUUUUCAUUUGGUUAAUAGCUGUACACAACUCUCUCAGAUUUGGAGGUACUGCAAGCUCAUCUUUAAUUUGUUUUUGUGGGAUUUGUGAGAGGAUGGGGGAGUUGCGGUUAAGAAGAUGCUGGUAACGUUCUUUUCAGUGCAGUGCAAUAGCUUCUUUAUCUUGUAGAAGUGUGGUACUGAGCAUAGGGGGCAUAUGCCAUGAUUUAUUGGCCCAUAGAUGAUCUUUGACGCCUUCAAACUGUACAAUUCUCUUAUUCCAUCCCAGGAGUGGAUAAAACAUAAGCUUUACUAGCUGGUACAGAAUUCAUUCCUAUUGGCAUCAAAACUCUAAGGCUACACAUAUAUUCUUGGAAGUGUGUGGGAAAUGACAAUCAAAAUCCAUGUGUGUGCGUACAGUAAUCCCACAAUUUACACACAUUUAACUUCAGUUUUGUGUGUGUGAUACUUAAAUACAGUAAUAAUAUAAACAGGAGGAAAGGGGGUGGGGUUCUGUGAAAAAAUGACUUUGGCAAUCUCACCCACUAUUGAACCGAAUGGAUUUUGACUAUAUGUGAUUUUGGCUUUAGGUGUGGCCCCUGAAGCGUAACCGGCAUGUAAACUGUGGGCUUAUUCGUCAUCCUGUCUGAUGUCCCACCUUUUCUAUGGCUGAACUUGCAGAAAUCUUCACAGUAUUUUGGUAGUGUUGCUUAAGCAAUAAGACAUGCAGUGCCUACAACUAUAUAAUUUAGCUUGCAGACUCUUGAGAGUGGAUGACCUUGCAGAAUGUUCUGGGCCUUUUUUAGAAUCUAGUAUGCUGGCCCACAUAGUGGCUAAGUCUUAAUCAGUGGGUUCUGGGAGUGGGCACAGCCCCUUGAAGAAGUAAUGCUAGGUUCUCACUUUCUAGAUGCUAAACCAUCUGAAGAAAGACAUGACAGUAGAUCAUGGCAAGACCCGCAGCCUGUUGAAUGGUCCACGGGGACCUUUGCAAGAAAUCAGCAACAGGAUGGUGACCCAAAGACCCAAAGGAUUCAAGGUAACUUUAGCCCUUUAGCUGUGGGGGGCGUUGCCUCUUGCAUUUCUGCCUUUGCCACGCCCCCGGGACAUGUGCCAGCCCCGCCCCCGCCUGCUCUCCGCCCCCCCUGGUGCCAGAGCAUGAAGCUCCGCCACUGGGUCAGACUGAGCCUCAACCAAAGGCCUGGUGGAACAGUUCCGUCUUGCAGGCCCUGCAGAAAGAUGUCAAGUCCUGCAGGGCCCUGGUCUCUUGUGACAGAGCAUUCUACCAGACUGGGGCUAGGGCCGAAAAGGCCCUGGCUCUGGUCAAGGCCAGUCUAAUCUUGAGGCCCGGGUCUCUUGCGACAGAGCAUUCUACCAGACUGGGGUCAAGGCCAGUCUAAUCUUGAGGCCCGGGACCUCCAAGAUGUUAUUGUUUGCGGACCAUAAGGUCCUCCGCAGGGCAUACCAGGAGAGGCAGUCCCGUAGUUAUGAGGGUCCCAGGUCGUAGAGGGCUUUAAAGGUUAGAACCAGCACCGUAAACCUGACCCUGUACUCAACUGGGAGCCAGUGCAGGUGAUAUAGCACUGAUUGGAUGUGGUCCCAUGGCGAAGACCACAUAUUGGUGGCGUACUGCUUUUAUUUUGUUUUGUCUAGCGGGGAGUGACUGGUGCUGCCUGGAGAUUUUUAGAAGCCAAAAAAAUUUCUCUUCCUGACUCUUUCCACCACAGCACUGGCUACCUCUCUAAAUGUUCUCCCCUUUUCUGCUUCCUACCUCCACAAGUUGCAGUGUAGUUUACAGAUGUUUAGUAAAGAGGCCUGUUAAUUAAUUAAUUCAUUGUCUUCAGUACAACAAAUUCAGUGUCUGAUACCCAAACAUUUUCCCAUGUUCUCACGGCCAACUGUGCUGCUACAGUUCAUCUAACUUGGCUCUCCCAACCCAAUUAAUAAUUACUAUUUUUUACAAGCAUGUUUGGACCAAAGUGGAGGAGGACUAGCCGGCUCUACUGGUGCUGCUGGAAUCUGCUUGGUCCUAGUUUAAUCCUUCGACCUUUUCAGGCAGGUGUCUGGUGCUGCAGGCGAAUGGAUCCAGUUGCUUUCUUCAUCCCUAAAGUUUCAAGUACCUUGGUUUCACCAGCAUUGCAUUGCAGGACAGGGGAUGAAGAGGGCAUGGGGGAGGCUUAUUCUUCCUAAGUGAGAUUCAAGUUAUACCACUUCUCUUGGAAUGUGGCUGUUGCAAGUGAUAUGCAAGUUUUUCUAUCCUCAUUUGGUGAAAGGCACAUGUGGGUUCAGUCUCCUCUUGAGACUUGAUGUUGACCUGUGUGCCCUUGAGUAAGUAUAACCCACCUUGCCAGAUAAUUAUUUGGAAGAAAGCAAAGGCCAGGUGCUUGGCAAAUGGUGAGCGAGUGCAAGCGUGCAAGGGACCUUGAGCAGGAAGUGAUCAGAACACCCUCUCCCACCCUCUCUUUCUGUAGCUUAUUACAAGAGCAUUGGUGGGCCUCCAAAAUCUCCCAUUUGGUGUUGUGGCUUCACUUCUGCUAUCUCUUUUUCUUAGACAUUAUUUAUUAAACUUGCAUCCUGCCUUUCUACCAAAUGGUGGUUAACAAUAUUAAUACAAAAAGGGGCAGGGUGAAAUAUCAAGAAAAUCAAACAAAGUACCAGUUAAAAAUAAUUUCAACUGGGGUGUGUCCGGGGGGGGGGGGGGGUUGCUUCUUAAACUAGGAUCCCAAUUCAUUCUCUAUGGAAGUGGAAUUGUGCCAAGCCUUUUCUGAGAUGCUGCGGGGCAAUAUAGAAGAUAUUGAUGCUGGUGACAGGGAGGACCCCCAGAUGUGCAGUGACUACGUGAAGGAUAUUUACCAGUACCUGAGGCAACUGGAGGUAUUUAUGCCUGGCAGCGAAACAUCCUCCUUCCCACUUGGUGUGUGGUGUUUGGGCUACUGCUGUUGGAUGGGGAAUCCUGUCAGCUAUGAUGGCUUUUCUGAGGUACAGAACUCAUGGAAGCUUGUAGAAGCUAACAGAAAUGUUCGAGCAUUUUCCAGAGUGUCUGGAAGAUUUUCAAGGGAACAGACAUGCAGCUGGAAUGAGCUCGUUGUGUUUCAAGGUCUGCCUAUGAAUGCAGUCCAACAGGAUCUCAUGUUAUUCUUGCUUUCACUCUCUCUGCUGUUCCUUCACUCUCUUUCUGAAUUGUUUUUUACUUGCUUAGUGUAUAUAGUAUGUUUAAGUUUUUUACUGUUAUAUUUUGCUGCAACUGGAUUGUAAAGAGAUUGCCAUUCCAGGGAUCUGGUAUUGAACUGUCAAGCUUAUUUUUGCCUUAGUAAAUUUUUACUAAUGAAUCAACUGCAUCACGAGUUCUUCCUAGAACCACACACCUACUUGGAGCUGCCAUUCUGCUAACAAAUGAGCAGGCAUGCCCCUGGAGUCCUUGGACCUGAACCCUGACAAAUGCAUUUUGGGUCUGACUCCCUUCUAGCUGCUCCCCCCUUGCCAGCUAUCUAAACAUGGGACAAGCCUCUGAUCUAGUUGACCCUCUCCAACAGGUCCAGCAGCGUGUCUUUCCCUUCUACCUUGAUGGCACAGAGAUCAAUGGGCGGAUGCGGGCCAUUCUUGUUGACUGGCUGAUCCAGCUCCAUGCAAGGUUCCAACUUAUGCAGGACACUCUCUACAUGUGUGUGGCUAUCAUAGAUCGCUUCUUGCAAGUAAGCUUGGCAUUUAUAGCACAUAUGAAGCUUGAACGGUGGAGCUGUGCAUGAAACUCCUAUUUUGAGCUCUGAGAUGCCGCUUUUGCUGGGUGGGGGCUUGGUGGAUGGAUGUGGGGUUCCUAGUUGCAUAGACUGAGCUAUGGAGUAGCCUUCUGCAGUGUGGUGUUUUCCAGAUGUUUUGGACCACAACUCCUAUCAGGGCACGGAAGGCAUCAUCACACUGGGUGGGAGAUUGAUAUUGAAACAGUGGACACUGUCAACUAGGGAGGUUUAAGCAUGGGCUUAAUCUCUCACACUUGGAUGUAAAAACAGUGACUGGAAUCUUUCCCAUGCUUUGAAUUAAGGUAUACUGGGAAUUUGUUGUUGGCACUCACUACAUUCCAGUCAGCCAAACUUUGGUUUCCGUAUGCUUAUAUCCCCCCCCCCACUUCCUACAUGAGACCCAAAGUGUCAUGCGUGUGCAUGACGACCCUCUAGGCACUGAUCAGACUCAAACCAACUUAGCUUCAACUAGGUGGUGGACAUACUCUGGAAGCAUCCCCAUUUUAAAACGUGAGGUGUUUGCUUCUCCAAAGUUCUCCUAGGAGUUGUAUCUCUGGGAAGCUGUAGGUAGCAGAACACCCUCUGAGACCAUGGUGCAGCUGAUUUUGCAGAGGGCAGGGUGGCCUCUGUCUAUCUUGAUUCCAAAACACCAUCACACUUGAAACCCAAACUAUUGAGAACUAUAAAGAAGGUCCUAUUAAGUAACCUCUUUGUCAGUUCCUGAGAGCUGUCCCUGUGCAAAAGUGAGGAGCAAGGUAGGGUCUCAAUAUCUCCACAUUUGUGUAAUACAACCAGUAUUGUGUGUGUCAAACUAGGCUCAGCCUGUCUCCCGCAAGGAACUCCAGUUGGUCGGUGUUACUGCGAUGCUUCUGGCUGCAAAAUAUGAAGAGAUCUAUCCACCAAGUAUUUUGGAUUUUGUCUACAUGACCGACCGAGCAUACACACCGACUCAGAUCCGGGCAACGGAGCAGAAGAUCCUUAAGGAGCUUAACUUUGCCUUAGGAAGACCGCUACCACUCCACUUCCUGAGACGAAUAGCCAAAGUUUCUGAUGUAGGUCCAUCUGCCAGUACCUUGAGCUUGGGUAGUCUGGUAAUAGGAUGUUGAGUAUGGUUGAGGGGUGGGGGUGCUGACCAGCCUCUUCUGAAAGGAGUGUCCACCUGUGUGUUGGAGUGAGCGGGAAGGAGGUCUGGGAUCCAGCCAUGGCAUCACUUGAUUUGGGCACUACAGUAUCUGGUAAUGAGGGUAGGGGGCAUGUGCAAGCCAAAUAAGAGUCUCCUGGUGCUAUGUGUCGAUUCGAGGUGAAUGCACUAAUUUGUGCAAGCCCUCUGCUCCCAUGAAAGCCAUUUUUUGUUUCUGCCCUUUAAGUAGACAAAUGUGCAAGGGGCUGGGGAGGAACACGGGUUCAAGGCCUCUGGCAAGUGGCUAAAGGAGCAUAGACAAAGCAGCUAUUAAGGGAGAGGCUAGAUGAAAGAAAAGGGACCACAGGAUGAAUAAGAGCUGACUGUACUUGUGCCUAUGAUGAUCCAGGACUGAAGCAUGGGCUCUUAGAGAAGGCAAGUGCACCUAGUCAUGAAAAGGAGCACAGCAGCUAGGAAAGGAGAUAAGAACUCUCCUUUGACUUAAGCCACCACCCUGCCAACCUGGCGUCCUCCAGAUAUUUUGGACCACAAUUGAUGGAAAUUGUAGUCCAGAACCCUGGAGAGUAUCAGGGUUGUGGGGGUUGCUCUAGAUCUAGUUACAAGUUCCAGUAAAAUCAAAGAUACACGAGCUUCUCUGGGUAGGCAUUAAAACUAGAGGCCGGCUGCAUUCAUGCAAGUGCUCUUCCUGUUUUGCCAGGCAUCUGCUGAAUCGUACCUGCUAGCAAAGUACCUGAUGGAGCUGACCCUUUUGGACUACAAUAUGGUGCAUUAUAAUCCUUCAGAGGUUGCAGCUGCAGCGCUUUGCCUGUCUCGGAAGGUCUUCUCAGAAGGCCAGUGGGUGAGUCUUGGUUGAGUGAAAGUGGUAUGGAAGGGGGCAGAGUCCACAUUCUCCCCCCAAGUAACUGGACUAGAGGCCCCUGCGGAGAGUCUGUGAAGAGAAUACCUGGCAUUCCUUGCCUCCUCCAGGCAUUGACCCGGACCUUCUUAGCAUGAGCAAGGUGCUGGCCACAGGUGCUUUCAGGCCUUACCGGCAUCAUAACCUAGUCAGAAACCGAUUUGCUCUAAGAUGCUUUUAAAGCAGUCCUGCAAACCUACAGACAAGUUACUGACUCACAAAUGUUUGAGCAAGUCUGCUUGUGAGGUCCACUGACAGCUCAAAAGGAUUUGCUGGGUCCUGCCUAGCUGCUACGGGUGGCCCUGGCAGGUGGGGGUUUACAGUGCUCUUGGGACAGGCUUUGACAGCCGCCGCCGCCUCUCCUUUGUAGAACCCCAAGCUGUGCUAUUAUACUGGAUAUGAAGAGGAGGGUCUUACCCCUGUUAUGGAGCACAUGGCCAAGAAUGUUGUCAGAGUCAACAGGAAUCUAACAAAACACCUUGUAAGUAUCUGCUCCUAUUUUAGCAGCCUUGGCUGCUGUUAGGCUUAAUGUUCCUGUUACAGGCAACUACUGUGGGGCAUGGGUGGGUGUGUUCACCCCAGGAAAGAGAACAGGGCAAGAGGGAGGGAGCCUGGAAUGGAAACUGCCACUCUCUUAAAAUAAGGCAAAUUCAGACGCUUUGAGAUUUGGGUCCUGGCUCUAUUUGCCUUCAAUAUUGGGGGUUAGAACCCCUCUACCACUGCUGCCACCCCACCAUCAGUGAUCAUGGGGGGACAGUCCCAUGAUCCCAUGAAGUCCCAAGGAGCUGCUUUAUAUAUUUAGACCAAAUUAGCCCGCCUAGUUCAUUAUUGUCUACACUGACUGGCAGCAGCUCUCUGGAAAAGCUGUUCUGCAUGCUCACAAGAGGAAUAUAGAAAACAAGGGCAAAAAAUUACACACCUCCUACUCCUGGGUAUUGGUGUGCUUCCUUUGCUGGAAGCCCCUUUUAGCUUGAAACAUCUGACACUCGAGCCUAUAUAGUCUGAAUGUUACUGUUCUUUCCUUUUCUGAUUGCCUCUUUUCGAUAACACAAGCAAGGAGCACUUGCACCAAUAUCUUACUGCACCAAGCUGUUGGCCUCCAGAUGUUUUAGGCUAAAGGUCCAAUGAGCCCGAGCCAACACACCUGGAGCGCACCAUGUUUGCAAAGGCUGCCUUUCUGGUUGCUCUGUUUUGGGAGGCUGGAAUGAGAUGAGCACAAACCUUUUCCCUUAGGCCAAAGAAAGUAGAGCAGCAGGGUGCUGGGAGAUCUUGGUUUCUUUGCCAUCAAAAGUAAAAGUAAAACCAAUAGAUGUUGAGAGAAUUUGACAUUCUCCUACAAGUAGUCAAGUGUAAGUGAUGACUUUCUCAGGAACAAAACCAGCAGCUUAAUUCCUGCAGCAAGGUAAACAUAUUCUCUGCAACCUAACCUUCUCCCGCCUCACACCUCUGACAGGCUGUCAAGAACAAAUAUUCUAGCAGCAAAUUCCUGAGGAUCAGCACUAUCCCUCAGCUGAACUCCAGCAGCAUUAAAGACUUUGCAGCGCCUUUGCUGGGUGAAGCCAGGCAGCUGAUGUGAGCACUGCCCAAUCAUUACAUGGAAGAAAAUAUGCCGUUUUUGGAUGUGGCCUUCUGGAGGUCUUUUUAAGGUGAAUGCUUUAGAGUUGCUCUUACAAAUAUUCCAUAUUCUUGUACAUAAUAAAGAUAUUGUAAAAAAAAUGUCCUUUUACAAAAACAAAAAGCAGGAGUCAUAAUGGCAUUACCAAGGCCAUUACUUUGCUAGUCUGGCAGUCUUGCAAGUCCAUCCAUUCUUUCUAGCAGUCCUUCUCACUGUGCUGCUUGGGCUUACCAGGGUAAGUGAAAGCCCAAGAGGGCCAGGAGGCAGCUUCCUUUCUUGUUUCUGCUCCACAGCAUUUCAAUGCCUUGAAAAUGUUGCGCAUCUCCUUAUGCACAGGAGCCAGAAGUGGUCCCCUCACUGCAGUGUGUUUUCUUGGCCAACAAUGAUUUGCUGUUCUUGGCCAGACACUGAUUAAGACUUCAGGGUGAAGCAACCUUCUGCUGCUCCCCCCCCCCAAAUGAAAAUGAGGCACUGAGCCAGAAUGGCAUUCACAGGCCAAGAGAAAAUGUUUUUGGUCAUUUUCAGCAUUUUUUGUAACCAAAUUUAAACAUCUGGAAUAAAUCACACCUUGUUACAAUUUGCCUUCUAUACAGUUUAGGAGAUCUAAAACUGACAGUGUUAAAAUACCUGUAAGUUACGGCUGGUUUUGUGUUUGUGCAUCAGUAAGAAUUCCACUGUACCUUACUAAAGGAUAGUAUUUGAAAUAUUUUGCUUCUUGAAAAUGAGAAGCUCUGGGCAAAGCCUUAGCUUUACCAUUUACAAAUAAGUUUAAGCAGCCUUACUGCUGAGGCCGGAGGCUGGUUAAGCCAUCAUUUUCAAUCUUGUCAAACCCAUGGCCUGAAAUCCUGGUUGGGGGGGGGAUUGUUCCGUGUGUGCAGGUUUAGGUAAAAUGGGACAAUUGGAGAUUAACAAAGCCUCACGAACAAGGUGCCCAAUCACUUCUAGUCCUCCCACCCUUGGUGUCUGAAUACAGCCUGAGCCUUGAUUGUAGGGUGCUGUGGGAAGGGGAUAGACAUGCGGGGAGGGGGGUUUGCUGUUCUUUCUCUGUAAGCUUGUUGGUACCAUCCUUAGUAUUUCUGACUGUAGCAUUUAAAUCUUGUAUUGUGGCAGAGUGUGUUGAACUUCUGGUGGUAGCAGCUACUUUUAAAAAUUUAGCGUUUCUGGAAGCCACUUGAAAACACUUCUGUCUUCCUGCUCCAGUGCUUUGCUGCAGCUAGAUUUGAGAUUACGUGCUUCUGAGCUCCAUUCUUCUACUACAUUUGACAGAGCAGAGGUCCUAUGACACAGAACUUCCUGAUGUUGCUUAGAUUUGUUCUGGAGCAGAAGCAGCUAAAUAUGCAUGAAAGCAGCAUGAAUGUUUUUAUUCUCAAGGCAUCUGUCAUGGUGGAAGGACCUAAUGCUGUACAAAGAGAAGGGUGGCUGGAGUUGGCUCCAUCUGCAGACCCCUCAGGACAAGGCAAGGUUGGUGCAGAGUCUGGCAGGCUCUUGGCCACGGAGGAUGGGCCAGCAGCCAUAAGAUGCAGAGCAAGCGGAACCUGCCACAUCCUACCGACCACCUUGAUGAGACCUCCAGGGAUUUGAAUAUGUCUUGGUCCCCCUGUGUACAAAGCAGCUACUCUGCCACUACGCUGCGGUCCCUUUCUCGGAACACCGUUUAUGCUUCAGCUGCAAUGUGUACUGUUAAACAGUACUUCCCACUAACAGAGCAUAAUUCCUACUUGCGAUAAAAGCCCCCCACACUGCUGUGGUAGUUCCUAUGUUUUUAUUGAUGAUGGUUGAGAAGAGAAUGGAUAAAUUAACAUGCAUUGGGUAAGCAACAGCUUUUGUGGCUGAUGGGAAAGGCAGCUGGGCUUAAUCAAGGUUUUGUAACACUGACUUUAUCCUUAAAGAAUAGUGCAUAGGUAGAAGUACCUGGCCCCAAAAUCCUAACUGAGCUACCUUUAUCAUUAAGUACAGUGGGUUACUGCUGUGUACAUUCAUACAGGUUUGCCUGUUAUUUGAUUUUUUAAAAUGUAUAUUUCAUAAGUUCUAUUCAUUAAAUGCACAAAGCUU